AUGAUUAGCGAUGCUUCGCUCAGAUUUCAGAAGAACGCUGGCUCGAACCCGAUACGCAUGAGACGCGUAUUCCGUAAGCGCGAUCCCAAGGCCCCGUGCUGUAUCGUCGCCGACAGGCGAUCCGGCGGUGUCGGGUGGCGGCUGCGAUGCGAUCGGCUUACCCAUCGACCGAUCACGAUACGAGAAUGUCAACGCACCGGCAUCAGGCUAAUUGGGUGCACUUACGAG